CAGGCCCGAUAGGGAGAAGGAAUCCUGUCAUUACAGAUCGAAUGGGUCCUGUCGGGGGCCGGGUCCUAGAAGCUGGUGAGGGUCCUGGGCUUUUGGAGGACCAUGGCAUGUCUCUGAGGAGUUCACUCACACUCUUGGAUGGGGCCCUGGGCCUUGGAAUACUAGGACUCGGUGCUCGCCUUGUCCUGGCCCUAGCUGGACCAGGCAUGAUGCUCCUGCUGCUGUUUCUAAUGUUGAGUUUCCUGACCUUCGACCUUGUGCAUGGACCCCUGGAGUUGCCUCUGCCUCAAAGACCAACAUUUAGACCCCUUGGGGCAGGGGGUGAAGGCCCCCACUUACAAGAACCAUUGCUCCCACCUACCCUGAGCCAAGUCCUGGAUGGAUUCCUGCUCUUCACCGGCCUGGGGCUCAUCUUUGGGGCCCUGAUGCCCUUCAGUAUCUUCAGCCUUAUAAUCAGCCUACAGGCUCUGGCCGGAAGCAAAGCCUCUGUUCUCUAGGAACCAGCAGGUUAAAAGAGCCUUCUCACAGAAAACACAUGAGGAUUGUCUCAGCCUCUGCCUCUGAAUUUCCUUUCCUGCUAUCUUUAGGCCAUCCUGGGAUGAGUUGCUUGAAAAGAAGAUCCCAGACUAGUUCUAGGUCCCAGGGUUUGAAAAUGAAUGCAGAGGCCC